AUGAACUUCAUUUAUUUUCAAAGCAUUACUGUGAUCAUAUUUAUAAUCACUGCUCGCAUUAAUGCUGAGCAAAGAUUCGCAGAGACUCCAGCAUUAUAUCAAGAAGUUUCCUCCGGUGAUGAUGUGCAAUUACGAUGCAGAGUGCAAGACAAACGAGGUCAGUGUAUUUGGCAAAAAGACCGAAAACCAGUAGGCAUGCAUCCGGAUAAAUACGAAUGGGCCAGUGGACGUGGUAGUGAUUGCACCCUCCUUAUCAGAAGAGCCUCCCUUGAUUUCGAUGACGGCUAUUGGGAAUGUCAGGUUACUUCUGGCGAUUUUACGCGACAAGAUGCAUUAACCUCUUUACCAUCUCGUCUUUUAGUUAGAGUAAAACCCCGAAAGCCACGGUUGGAAUAUGGAGGGACAAUUUUAAAUUCCGCUCUGACUUUAAGGGAAGGUCAGGAAGUUACUAUUUCCUGUGUAUCAAGAUAUGGAAACCCACCGGCCCUUAUCAAAUGGUAUAUAGGAGGAGACGAAAUAGAACCCUUGAGAGAACAAACGAAUGCAACGGAAGUGGACAGUCCAAAAACUUCAGCAGCCCACAGCCUUCUCCGAGUUCGUGGACAAAGGGAGAAUCAUGGUCUGCCGAUUCAGUGCAUCACGAUGCAUCCAUCCAGUAUCGUUCCAGCUUCUGCGGAAACACGAUUGGAUGUGCAUUAUUCUCCUGAAGUGAGAUUAGAGACGAAGCCACGACUUCUAGUUUCAGCCCUCGAGGAUUCGGCCAGUUUUAUGAGCCUGAAAUGCUUCGCGGACGGCAAUCCCAGCGGAACGAUCAAGUGGUUCAAGGAUUCAGCUCCCAUCGCGGUAACAAGCAACAUAGUAACGUUGAUGCUAAACAGAACGCAGCAGAACGGCACGAUGACCGGCUCCGAGCUAAGAUUCGAGCCGGUCAAGAGAAACGACGCUGGUCUCUAUUCUUGCAAGGCGGUCAACAUUAUUGGUGAAAGCACCGCGGCUAACUACAGGCUGGAUGUACAAUAUGGACCGAGAUUAAAUUCAGAAGAUCCUGCUCAUAAUAAUACCAUUAAAAAAUUCGAAGAGACUACUCUACUCGGUACAAGUUUAGAACCUUUUGAGUGUACAGACUUUGAAGCAAAUCCUCCAGCUCAAUACCGAUGGAUGCAUCUUCGUGGUGGCGUAACAGAGACCAUCGAGAAUUCAUUACAGCCCAAAGAUGGUGGUAAACGAUUGCGUUUGGAGAAUGUAAUGUGGUCCGACGAAGGAGAAUAUCGAUGUGUGGCAUUCAACGUGAUCAACGGAGUGCGGAGAGAAAUGCCCAGCGAUGCUCGUUAUUUGCUUCACGUAACCGGACCUCCUGAGAUCCAGGCGAGGCCUUCUUCCGGUGGUAAGGGCAUUUACGAGUCGCUGGGAUGGGCUGGCGAACCGGAACAUAUUUUGAAAUCUCGUUUCUGUUCGAGACCUCCGCCUAGACUCGUUGCUUGGCAAUGGGGAAGCUCACAUAUCAGAGCUGGUGAAAGUAUUCAUCCAAAAUAUGAAGCAUUGUCAUUAGAGCAUAUCAAAGAAAACGAAAUACCAACAAAUUGCUAUUGGGCAAAACUGGUAAUCAAAGACCUCCAAACAGAGGAUGCUAGAAUAUAUACCUUGUUAGUAGAAAGUGAAAAAGGCAGAGAUUCCACUAAUAUCAAGUUAAUUAUUCGUGAUCCAACGGAGAUGAGAGUAAUUGCAGCAGCAGCUGCAGUAGGAUUAUUGUUUCUUCUUCUUUUAAUAUCCAUUGCUGUGUAUUCAGUGUUAAGAUUAAAAAGUAGAAAAUAUCGUCAAGAAGAAGAAGAGGGUAGUAUUGCUGCAGACGCAUUUUAUAGUAAUACACCUACGACAGACAGACAAAAAAAUAUGAACUUGUCUCAGAAUAAAGAAUACACAAGAAAAACGAACUCAGAGGGUGGAUUGGCUGUCACAUAUGACUAUGAUCAGAUCACAAAGCAGGUGCGCGCCAUAAGUCCAGAAGCGCUAAAAGUCAGACGGGCACCAGCUGUUCUUCAACCACCAACCAUUGUGUAA